CUAUCAGAUUCUCCAGGAGCAUGUCCCUAUGGUUCAAGCCCGAAGCCAAACAAAGGAAGCCAAAUGUGCAUGUGCGAUAAAGGGUUUCGUUUAUGUCUGACAAAAGACUGCACAACUGGACAGUUGUAUUGCAAAGAUGAGGACGAGUGCAAGGUCGGUAAGCCGAAAUGUGGCCCAAACGCAACCUGUGUGAAUACAAUUGGAAAAUACUGCUGCUGGUAUCGAGAAGGAACACAGAGUGACAGGAAACAUGAAUGCUCAGGAUGUGAAAAAGAAUGCUAUAUUCACAAGAACUCAACCAAAUCCAGUGUUUCUGAGCAAAUGUGUCUGAACUCAUGUCAAAUGAAGGAUUUAUACGAUAAAAUGUACAGAGGGUUUAAGGAGGUAUCAGAUGAAAACAGCAAAGUUGCGCGGAUUCUGGAUAAUGCAGAACGUGCUCUACGAUCUCUAGUCGAAGUUCCAUGGAAUCAAAGCGAAGAGCGAAAAUCGUUGGCUGAGUUUGAAAUCGUGAUAAGGCGUCACAUGAAUCCUGCAAAACCCAUCAUGGUGUCGGCACUCGGGAACUCUAUGGAGGUUGAUCCAGCUUUAUUUACAGACCCGGUAUCAGGAGCAAGGAGCAGAAACCCAACCAUUGCCUUUAUUAUUCACAAGAACAUGACAACAUUUUCGGACAACGAUACUGUGGUGAGGGAGGACAUCCCAGCCGCACCUGAACAAAAGACAGAGGUGUUGAAUUCAGCAAUCAUAACAGCAGUGAUAACCAGCAAGACAAGAAUCUUUCCAACCCGCCCCAUCAACUUCACCUUCAGCCAUAUCAGGGCCAAUGUAAACAAGUCAAUCAUAAGAUGCGUCUACUGGAAUCGAUCUCUGACUGGAACACCCUGGUCUCCCAAUGGCUGCAAGCUGGUAUCCUCAAAUAAAACCCAUACAGUGUGUCGGGCGUUUCACCUCUCCAGCUUCGCCAUCCUGAUGGCAUUGAAGGAUCUCCCAGACGUGUUGGCGCUUAAUGUUAUCACUUACAUUGGAUUAAGCAUCUCCCUAGUGUGUCUGUUACUGACGAUUGUCACAUUUGCCACUUGCCAAUUGGUCAAUGACACUAGGCGCACCAUCCACAUUCACCUGUGCGUGAGUCUGUUCAUCGCUGAUUUUGUCUUCCUCGCUGGAAUCUCCCAAACCAGAAAUCGGAUAUUGUGUGGAAUUAUCGCAGGUGUUCUCCACUACUCCUUUCUCGCAGUCUUUGCCUGGAUGUUCCUGGAAGGAAUCCAACUUUACCUGAUGGUGCAAGUGGUUUUUGUCCCAAAGGUUCCUCUCAAGCGAUACAUGCUUUGGGUUGGCUAUGGGCUUCCAGCUUUGAUGGUUGCAAUUUCAGCAGCCGUAAACCAUGAAGGCUAUGGCACCGAAUCAGCGUGUUGGCUCUCGACGAAGAAUUUCUUUUCUUGUAGCUUCUUUAUGCCGGCUCUGCUGAUCAGCAUCAUCAAUUUUAUCUUCCUUUGCAAAACAUUAAUGACGUUGAAAGAGAAGUUGUCAGAUGUCAUUUCAGAAAAGAAGACACUGGGAAAACAGAGAGUGUUUACAAUGACAGCCUUUGGUCAAUUAGCCAUCCUGGGCUGUACGUGGAUGUUUGGAGGGUUUUACAUUCAGAAUGCAACCAUUCCAAUGAUGUACAUCUUUACCAUAUUAAACAGCUUCCAGGGAAUGUACAUCUUCAUCACGCAUUGCCUGAUGUAUAAGAAGGUAAGAGACAUGUACAUUCGGUGCUUUAGGAAGUGUUUGAGGAGACCAUAUGUAUGGACACCCCUUUCCACCUCCAGCUUAAAGACAUCCAACCAGGGGCGGAGAAGCGUCCAGGAGACAGAAUCGACGUCUGGGGCAGUUCAGUGACAUAGUUGUGAACAUAUUGGGCUGUAACCUCUCGCCAUACCUCAGUUAAUGUGGCUUCAAGUUUUACCACUUGCUGCAACAAACUCAUCAAGCCCUGGACAUCCUUGUUUAUACCAGACCAGGGCUGCACGGGGUCACUUUCUCUCUCUAUUGUUAUAUCACACUGCUCAUUCCCAAACACUGGAAAUCCCAAAAAUGGGUAACUAUCGUGGGGGGAUAUAACACGGGACUAGCUGUCAAUAUGAAUUCUCCCUGGUUUAUCUAAAAUACAUUCGUUGCUUAACUAAUAUCUAAAAUCAGAUUUAGUUUAUUGUCGUUUUAGGGAGCUUGUUGUGCACAAAUUGGUUAUUGUAUUUCCUUCAUUCCAUUGGUGACUGUACUUUCAAAAGUACUUUAUAGGCUGCGAAGCAUUCUGGGGCAUCGCUAGACUAGCAAACGGACCAUGUCAAUGCAACUUCUUUCUUUUAAUGAAUUUUUAAAAUUGUCAACAUCUCUACUGCACUAGAAUCUGUAACAAAUAGCUGUGAUUUGCCUCCUUUUGUUUCCUUUUUUUUAAAUGAUAUUUUCACAGUGGAGAUGCUAGUUUUUGAGAUCAGUAGGCACAGGAGGGAUAUGAAGGUAAAGAAUUUAAGUGGUACGUAAAACUCCCAGGGUUAUGUCUCUGAUAUUUGUCUCUAUAUUAUAUGUCUCUGAUAUGUCUUCUUCAUUUCUGAAGGAGGGUCUAGGCCCGAAACGUCAGCCUUCCUGCUCCUCUGAUGCUGCUUGUCCUGCUGUGUUCAUCCAGCUCUACACCUUGUCAUCUAGGGUUGUGUCUCUGUUGCUGAUAACUCAGAUUCAGGCUGGACACUGAAGGACACAUAAUUCUCUCAUACAAUGACUGCUAACCCUCGAUCCAGAUAGCAUGAGUUCAAGCCCUGCCAUGGCAUGUUUGAGAAUUUGAAUUCGGUUAAGAAAAAUGGAAUGUCCACAAAAGUGACAGAAAGUUGUUAACUUGUCAUAAAACCCCAACUAGUCCAUUGAAGGCUUCCUGUCCCAAUCCUAUCUGUACACAAAUUCAGAAAACUAACAGCGGGUGGUAUUGAAUAGUCCAUCAACAUCUUCUUCAGACCAGCUGGACGUGGACAAUGAAUUUCCUAAAGAUGUUCAAAUCCAAGUUCUUUAUUCUAGCACUUGCCCGGCUGAGUGCAGCAGUACCAAUGCUCAGAAAUCUCGACACCAUCUGGGACAAAGCAACCCGCUCGCUCAGCACCCCAUCCACCACCUUCAAUAACCACUCCCUCCACCACUGACGCUCAGUAGUAGCAGUGUGUACCAUCUACAGGAUAUACUGCAGCAACUCACCUUCCAAACCUAGUCACCACUUCCACCUAGAAAGGCAAAGGCAGCAGACACAUGGGAGCACCAUCCCCUGUAUGAUCCCCUACGAGCCACUCACCAUCCCGACUUGGAAAUAUAUCGCCGCUCCUUCACUGUUGCUGGGUCAAUAUCCCGGGAUUCCCUCCCUAAGGGCAUUGUGGGUCGACCCACAGCAGAUGGACUGGAGCUACCACCUUAUUGAGGGUGAUUAAAUGCUGGCCCAGCCGCGAUGCCUACAUCCUGUGAACAAAUAUAUAAAGAAAGGCUCAUGUGGACAGUAAGUGUUACUGGAACUAGUAUUUCCUUGUAAUUCAUCCAAACAGCCAGACUUCCUGAAUAGGCUGAUAGAGGAUCAGCACUACGAACUAUUUAUCUCUCCAGUCUGCUGCGCCAUUAAAUUUGAUCUUAGGUGACUGGCAGUCCAACUCCAUUUACCCAUAUGGAUUCUGUAACGCUUCCUACUCGCUUUGUCACUAAAAAGUGUUUCAAAGCUGGUACCUAACCCUUUCUUCAAGUGACAGUCACAUUUCUGACAUUCGUAAUCACAUAUCUGCGAUAAGUGUUCAGGAUCUGACCACACUAUCAUUUCUCUCCAGAACUGAGAACUGCUUCAAAGUUUCCUGUUGAUCUUUACAUAGAGGACACAAGAGAAGGGCCAAACAGAAGAGACAUGGAAAGGGAGGGAAGGGAGGGUGGAGUCGUUCAAGUGAAUCAUUGUUCCUUGAAGCGGCUUGAUUCAUUUAUCUAUUAGCAUCUGAAGUUAGAAAAGUGAUGCAUAGUUUGACACCCGAGGCUAAGGGAGAAAAGAAAUGGGGCGAGACUAAAAUGAUGGAAAACGGAACAAAUUCGAAAAGCAUGGAAAAUAUUAGACAAUUCUAAAUGCUUACAAAAGAUACUUCUAUCUAUUAGCAAUGGCAAGGAAAUUGAAAAGGAAACUUGAUUUUGUAAAUAUGAAAGAAUCUGGUACUUGUCAAGUAAGAUUAAAUAUUGGUAAGAAUAUAUAUUUGUAUGAUAGAAGAUUCUCUAUUAAGGUAUUAACUGUUAUUUCACCGAAAUGCUGAUAUAAGCUGUGCCUCUGGAGUGGAAUAAAUAUAGAUUUCAAUCUAAA